GUAUAGAUGAGAUUCUCUGCAGUUUCAGAAAAAUGUUUAAAUAUGUGGCUCUGUUGAUUGUGAUCUUAAGCUACACCGAAAAUAUAGCAGCAUCAUGGAACGAAGACAUAAACUGUCCUUCAAUAUGCACAUGCCACUUGGAGCAUCUAACGGAAACGGCAAUAUCCAGAUUUAUGCAAAAACACAAGGAGAAACCGAUCCCUGGAGAAAUAGGGACGAUGGAAAAUAACGAUGUUUUAUCUGAAGAUACACUAGAUACUGUUGAACUGUUAGAAGAACAUGGACCAACAAUAAUCCGUUCAGCAAUCUGCAUCCUACAAACCGAAACAAAUCCUACAGAUCUAAUAACAGCUCUUCCCGAUAACAUCGAAAGUUUAACCAUCAUCCAAGGGUAUGAAUCUGGCAACAAAACCAUCAAGAUAAGCUUUAUGAAGAAGUUCACACAGCUGUUGACCCUAGAACUGGUAGGACCUAAUCUUCAAAAUCGACCUCUUAAUAGUUAUCUAAUUUGCGAAAUAGAUGCUGAAAUUGACAAUUUGAAGUACUUAAAUUUAGAGAGAGUUUUGAUAAGAAAUUCUAAAGAGCAAAUAAUGAAAUUUUUAAAACAGGUAAAUGAGGAGAAUAUCACCUUUGAAUAUCCUCAAAAGUUUGAGCUAAAUAAUCAUGUCAUUACGUUAAUUAAAAAGACCACAAAUGAUGAAAUAGUGCCUUACGAUGUUUUUAUAAAAGAGAGGGAAAGUUCAGGGGAAACUCCAAUAUUUAUGGGCUUUAAAAAAUUAUUGUUAUUAAGAAUAAACAACUGUGAUUUGAAUCAAGUUAAUUGGGAAAUGUUUGAUGGCCUUCACGACUUACAGUACCUUUUAUUAGAAAAAAAUAACUUGAAAGUAAUUCCUCCUUUUGCAUUCCAUGGAACUCCUAAUUUAAAAACAUUAUCACUAGCUCAUAAUAAUCUUUUAGAUAUACAGAUCACAGAUUUAGCCGGUCUUCUGCAACUAGAGUAUAUAGAUCUCAGCUACAACAACUUUACCCAACUUUCUGAACUAUCAUUUCCUCCUUUCCCCAAUUUAAAACUUGCCAAUUUUGCUAACAAUCCCAUAAACACCAUUUUCUCAAAUACAUUCGAAGUUAUGAACACCACAAACUCGUUAAUCAUAGGUAGUGAAUUAAUAGCGCUUACUUUGGUGACAAACUCUCUACUAGGUUUAGAAGAAUUGCAAAAGCUUACUUUAAAUAACUUACAACUUUCUGUUUUAAAAAGAGACCUCUUCAGUGGAAUGCCAAAGCUAAACGAACUUAUAUUAACUGGGAAUAUAACAAGAAUUGAGUAUGACGCAUUUUUGGAGAUAAAACAAAUUAAAACACUGGUAUUAAGUAACUGUCAAAUCGUUAAUAUAUCUAUGGAUGGUUUCAUGGGUCUGAGUGCUUUACAAUACUUAGAUUUGUCACAAAAUUUGUUGGAAAUGGUACCUCCUGGAACUUUCGAUCAUUUAUUAAAUAUAAAGGAGCUGUAUUUAAAUGGAAAUCGAUUCAAACAACUGCCUAGAGACAUUUUUUCAAGAAUACAUCCAAAAUUGUUGAGGUUAAACGACAAUCCUUGGCACUGUUCUUGUGAUAUGAGUGAAUGGAAACCCAUGAUAGUAAACAAAGUUAAGCAAGGUACUUUGAAACCGUGUGAGUACAGCAACGAUAAAGGAAUAACGUGUAGCAAAGACAAUAUGUUCACUUAUAAAUAUAUUUACGAAAAUAAAAUAGCACCUAAAUGCUCACAACCUGAACAGUUUUUAAAUUGGAAUGUUUUUCAUGCAAUGAGGCGCAUUUUGAAGUGCACUGAUUACAGGCCUAAAUUAAGAAAACGGUUUAGAAACUCCACAGCCGUGUCUCAAAACUUUACUGAUACGAUCACUGUUACCCCCACUCCCUUUGUCAACUUAACGAAACUAGAGAAACUUCAGUACAAACUUAAAAAACAUAACAUUCUUAACCAUAAGAGUCCAUUGCAUAUUUCUCAAAAAUCUACUGAAAUUAAUGACAGUAAUGAUAGCCUCGGAAAUGACAGCAGCAAUAAUGAAAUUACCAACUCAAAUGAGUCAAAUGAAAUACACACAAAACCAUUAAGAAGGAGGAGAAUGAAAAAACGAUUCAGAAAACUAAGACAAAAACAUAAUGAUAUGAGUAAUGACAUUUAGCGUUUUAUUAUUUUAAUAUAUACAUGAAUUUAUCUGAUCCUAUUUUCUUAUUAUACAUAGUUUAUCAUGAGCCUGAUAUAUAAUAUCCUUUUGGAUAUAACUAUUUACACUUGGAACAAGCUACUGUAGUAUUUUUGUAACUACUUGCUGAUUCCUCUAUUCUACAGGUUAAAAUUUUCUUAAAUACACUUCUUCAAAAAAAUUAAGACCAAAACAGUGACUAAAAUAAAAGCUCUUGUCUGAUUUGAAUGAUUUUUUAACGAAGCAGUGUAUUUUCUAGAAAGCUGGGAGUUUUUUACUUUCUUUGUUUAUUAUUGGCAACAGAAACGAGCAAUUUUUAUAGAAACAUUUGUUUCUAACUUUUCUAAAUAGUUUUAAUUUAGAAAAUAGCUAUUUAUAAAUUUAGUGUACAGUUUCAUGACUUUUGAUAUGUAAUAAUACUUUGUUUUCUGCUGUGGGGUCUAGAAUUAUUUCCGCCUGGCAUUUCUUCUGUGAACCCCGCAAAAUUUAUCAAAGAUGAUAUGACAGUGAUUGGAACUGUCUUCCAGAAAUUAGAGGAAAUAAUUCCCUGACAGUGUAUCUAAACCAGAAAAACAAUCUAUCAUGACAUACUUUAAACUCUUUAGUAGUGUCUUAACCUUUAACUACCCACGCAUCAAGUUAUAACAUAACUACAUGCGUGGAGUACUUUAUACCCCACAAGAAAAUACAGCAGAUUUUUUUUAAUACACUUAGUUGUAUGUUAUAAACCUCCAAUUGGGAUUUAUAACUGGAAUUAUGGAAUAACUGGAUUCCAUGAUAAAUAAAAUUACUAAAAAAAAUUUUUUGAAAUGUGAUUUUUUACAGGAGAAAAAUAUAAUAUAUAUCUGUACCAUGGAGGUAAACAGUUGUAACUCAACUUUUUGCCGAAAUGGAGUUAAUACCAUGCUCUUUUUGUCAGAUUUUCAUAGCAUAUUGUGGCAAAAAAUCGUACAUCCAGCGUUAUUAGUUGCCUAGAUAAGGCGUUUAGAAACAAUAGCAACUCCAUUAGUCAGUUGAGGUAAACAGUAGUAUAUCCAUAGCAACUCCAUAAAUACGUGUGUAUAUAGAUAGUAUGCUUUCGUAUACGGUAGUGGUAAACAAUCGUAGCUUCAUUUUUAUAUUAAAUGGUAUUUUGAGGGUGUUAAAACGGGAUGAUGAAAAACAAGAGUUCUUUUUUGUUCCAAACAUUGUGAUUUGGUUUUUGCAUUUUUAAAUACGGAAUAUACUAUUUUUGUUAUCACUUACGAUUUUUAUUGUGCAUAUUAUUUGUUUAAAGACAAAGAGGUAAAAAGUCGUAAAGGAGGUAAAAGUCCCAUUAUUAUACAUAAGGUACAUAAUUUCUUAACAAUACUAAUACCCAGUAAUAGAUUUGCAUUUACAUAUUAUAAUACACCAAUAAUGUUGAAUUCGACGUAAUGGAAAUAAAUUUUUUUUAUAGUUUAUUGACUAGUCUGUAUGUUUUGCGCUUUCUUGCAAAUGUAUACAUUGUGGAUAUACGACUGUUUACCUCCACGGUACAGAUAUAUAAUCUAAUGUUUUUAAAGAAAAAUAUAUUUUGUGCCAUAAUGACUAAAAAACAAUUGAAAUAUGAACUUAUAUUAAUAUAAACGUGGCGUAUAUUGUCCACCACCAGAAACAACAAAUACUAAACUGUAAAUUAUGAUCUUCCUAGAACGCCGAUUAUAACGAAACUAAAACCAAAUUGUAAAGCACAUUCCAGUGAUAGGUUAGAGAGAUAAACAAGGUCAAAAAUUAAAUUUUUAAAUAUAUUUGCAGUAGAAUUCUUAUAUCUGGAGUACAAAAUACGCCAGCGCGUGUAGUUAAAGGUUAAUUAAAGUAUUUAUACAAAAUGUACAUUAAGUAAAAAUGACUAAUACAAAAGAAUUAGAGAAUAAUUGGAUAUACUUAGUGUAGUGCACACUACAGAAUAGCAUGAAAUUUUUUCUUGUUAUAAAAUCCUACACAAAUUUUUAUACAUAGAUCAUUAUUAUUUCGUCAAUUUUUGAUAUUUUUUUUAUGUUAGCAGCAUCAAAUAACUAAUACUUUAUAAUUAUUUGUGUUCUUGGCAGGUGUAAAUUAAUGAACAGCAAAAGAAUAGGCUCAAAAUUUACCCAUAUCUAUAUACAGCAACCUGAAAUGGUCAAUUUUAAGCCUCUUCUCAUGUUAUUCGUUUGGUAAUGUAACCCAUUGUUUUCUUCCUGAUGUAUUAUGAUAUAAUUCAAUUAAAUCUAGUUUGUAACAUUAUUUUUAUAAUAAAAAUACUGAAGUAGGUAAAAAA